AUGCUGAUUUCAUAUGAAGAUGUGGCCAAUCCUGCCAGUGACAACCUCAGCAAUAAGGAGUUUGAAUCUCUUGCAGUACCAUCCACAGGCAUCAUGACUGUCUCCAAGUCACAGCAGGCAACUAUCUUGCAGCCUCUCUCUGACAUUAUUCCAGCUGUGCUGUCCACAUCACUCAGUCCAGCUGUGCAACCUCUGGCACAAGCCCCUCCAGCCAUGCAGACCAUUCUGGCUAGCUCUUCUACCUCUGCCCACUGGUACACUAUCACUGUUGGCUGCACAGUGUUCCACAUCCAUAACAUCAGUGUUCCCAGUGCAUGUUUCAGUUGUCACUCUUCUCAUGUCACUGCUGAGGAAGUGUAUGUGUGGGCAAAGGCUUCUGUUGGAGUAAUAUAG